AUGUUCCCGGCGGCCGCCACCCCUCCGGUCGGCGGUCCCAACUACCGCCCACCUACGCUGCUGCCAUGUCCUCUCCCCGGCAGCCACCACCACCACCACUUCCUAAAGCUGCUCGAGAUCAUCGUCUUCUCCGCCCAGGACCUCGCCCCGGUCUCCAAGGCGCUCCGACCCUAUGCCGUGGCCUGGGUCGACCCGGACCAGAAACUCACCACCAGGGUCGACCACCAUGGCCACGUCAACCCAACUUGGAACUACCGCUUCGUCUUCCAAGUCGACGACCGAUUCCUCUCCUCCUCCGCCGCCGUCACCAUCCAAAUCUUCAACGCCUCCUGGCUCCGCGACAUCCCCAUCGGAACCGUACACGUUCCAGCCGACAACCUCGUACCCGAUCCCACUGGCAUCAAUUCCGCCUCCAUCCGGCAUCUCGCCCUUCCGAUUCAGCGACCCAACAGCAGCAUCCACGGAACUCUCCACCUGGGUGUUAACCUAAUCGAUUAUUCCCCGCCGAGGAUCGUUCUCGAGAGCGAAUUAAGCGCUUUCUCUAGAUACGACAAUGGAGACGAAACUGAUGAGAAUAUGAAGAGGCAAAUAUCGGAGAGAAGCUAUUAUAAUGAGGAGAAGGAAGACGGAAAGGCGAUCCAGCGGUCGAGAUCUAGCUCGUCGGUCGGCGUGGCGUCGGUGCUGAGUUGGUUCAAGUUGGGGAAACGGGCGAAAUCGAAGGCCGGGUCAGUGUCGGUGGUUUCGUCGUCGUCGUUUUACAUGCGGCCGUUGCCGUCGGAGGUGGCGGCGUCGAUGGCCAAGGGUCUGUACUCGACGUCGACGAACCAAUUUGGGAGCUCCAUAUUCGAGAAUUGGACCGAAUUGGGAUCGUUGUCAACAAAGCAAAAGUCGAGUGGUCAAAAUCAUCUGUGGCACGCCGAAGAAGAAGAAGAAUUGAAGAAGCAGCAGCCAGUCGAGUGCUUGGUGAAUCAUGGAGUACGUAGAAGGAGGUUGCGCCGGCGGCAUGAAGUUGUCGAUGGUCAUGGUGGUGACGGCAGCUGA